AUGAUUUAAUCGUGUAAUGAUGCUUUUAUCAGAAGUGAUUUCGACAGAAUUCUCCAAAUAUUAGUUAAUCUAUUGAACAACUAAGUAAAAUUUACAAGACAACAAGGAGUCAUUAAGUUGAAUAUUUAAAGAGUGGGAUCAUUGUAUCAAUUCGAAGUCUAUGAUACAGGAUGUGGAAUUUCGACUGAGAAACUAUUUUUAAUCAAUAAAAUUCUAUCAAACACUGAAGUGGAUCUUGCAAGGAGGGGAGAAGAAGAUUAUAUUCAAUAUGUCGGCUUAGGCCUAAAAGUGUCAAGCUAAAUAGCUAGAAAUUUAUGUGAUAAUGGAGAAUUAUUCAUCACAAGUUAAUUGAAUCAAUACACUAAUAACAGAUUCAUUGUGAAAGAUUUGUAAUCCUAUGAUGAAGCAUUAACUAUACCAACUGAUGAAGGCAUAUAAGAACCAUAUAAAAGCAACCUCAAAAGAUAAUGCAAUUGUUUGAAUGUGUUAAUUGUGGAUGACAUUCCUUUUAACCAUUUGGCCUUUAAAACAGUUUUGAAAUAUUUCAAUAUAAAAAGUGACAGCGCAUAUGAUGGAUCUAUGGCUAUUGAUAUGAUUAAAACUCGAUACCAAACUUGUAAUUGCACUUAUAAAUUAAUUUUCAUGGACAUUGAUAUGCCUGGGAUUGACGGAUAUUAAGCCACUAAGGAAAUUUAUUAAUUCUUAGAAUAGCAAAAUACUAGUACUGUCAUCAUUAUGUGCAGUGCCUUUGAUAGCAAAGAGAAUAUCGAUAUUGCUUAUAAAAGCGGAAUGAAGGACAUUCUCCCAAAACCAAUAGAAAAUAGUCGACUCAAAACUAUACUAUAUAAAUAUUAUUUUUGA